CUCCCCCAACCUCCACCCCGUAAUCUCCAUCUCGUCCACCGUCCGAGGAUCCCUUACCGCCUCAAAGACCUCAAUUGGUGCUUUCGAGCGCCUUUUCCAUGAUUGUUGCGCUCUGUCCCUUUAGUCAAGUCAUUCUUAACAAAGUAUCGGCCCUCCUACCGUCCACUCAUCGCAUCCACCCCUCAUCCUGAUUCCUCACCUCCGAACCCGAACCCCCUCCACGCCCACCGACCCUGGCAGACCGGUACGGAGUACACUUGUUCAACCCACCCAUCUCCACAAUGUCCGGUCUCGAGUCCCCCGAAAUCGCUGCCGCCUACGAAGCCGUCCGCUCCGACAAGGACCCGGCCAACUGGCUCCUCAUAUCGCACGCGUCGGCGACCUCGAACCAGCUGAAACUCACCAAGACGGGCAGCGGCGGCCUAUCGGAGCUGGCCGGCGAGCUGGACGACGCCCAGGUCCAGUACGGCUACGUGCGCGUCGAGUACGCCAACGACUCGGAGAGCACCCGCGUCAAGUUCGCCUUGAUCGUCUGGAUCGGCGAGAACACCCGCGUCAUGCGCAAGGCCCGCGUCAGCGUCGAGAGCGGCGACGUCCGCAGGGUCCUCGGCCACCACAGCAUCCAGGUCAAUGCGAGCGACAGGACCGACCUGGACGAGAAGGACGUUGUGGCCCGGCUUCGCAAGGCUGGUGGUGCCGACUAUAACGGUGGGAGGGGUUGAAGACGAUGGCGCCGGCCCGCCCUCUCCUUUUCUCCUUUUUUUGGGGUGUUUCUUGGGGCGUCUCUCGUGGGUGGCUCGGUUUCGGGUCGUUGGUUUGGUAGGGGUUGGCCAUUUCUGGACAGCAUGUACAAAGACGGCGAACGGGGGACCAAAAGAGAGGGAGGGACCGAGGUACACGGAAGAUGACCACGAUAUAUACGAUACAUACGUUCUGCAGGGCAAGGGGAUACCUUAGAGAGCGAGCAUAGUGCAUUUC